AUGAAGACCCUCGUCACCCCGCUCGACACCAGGCUUCAUUCAAUCGUCGUGACUCGAAACGCUCUCGAACCUAUUCCCGGAGUCGAAGCCGAAGUCGGUCUCCCGCUCGUCGGCGUCAAGAAGAGUCUCGGCGGGCAGAAAGACCGUGAUCGUCGAUCCGAUAUAGGUCGCCAAACUCGGCCAGAUUCUGUCACAAAAGCGCCACAGACCGCUCCAGCAGUCAAAGUCAGCAUUGCGGAGGAAGGGAACGAGACUUCAGCCCUCCAUCAAACCGAGUCGACCGCUGAACCUGCUGUUAUGGAUGAAGCCGCCAUCAUCGAAGAACGUCGCAAGCGCAGGGAAGCUAUGAGAAAUAAGUAUCGUGGACAGGCAACACCACUUCUUGUGCAGGCACUACAUCUCGGAGCAGAGUCCAGUCAGGCUACACCUGAUCCAGAAAGCUCUGCCGCUGCCAGCCCCGUUUCUUCCACAGCAAAUCUUCUUGACCAAGACGGCAGUCCCGCCGGAACUCGUGAGGCAUCUCCUGCUUCACCACAAAGCCCCAGACUCGGUGAGAACCAGUCAGGCGUUGGUUCCUCACCUGCAGCACAGGAUGAUAUGUUCGGUACCGGAGACGCAGAUUCUCCUGCUGAGGAUGAACCCUCUGCCGCCGACUAUGACCCUACCAUUGACAUGCAAGAAGAGCGUGCCCGACACGACUCGAGACUGUUCAAAGAAGAUGAGCAGUCAGUAAUCGACGCCGACAAGCAGGUCCAUGAACAAGCCACCGUUGAAAGUAUCGAAGCCGCGCCCAAAAAGCCCGAAUUCGAUAUGUUUGCUGACGAAGACGAUGAUGAUAUGUUUGCUGGGGAGGGACCUACGAGACCAAAGGUCGAAUCCAAGACCGCCCAAGCCUUUGAUGCGAAGAUGAUGGACAAUUGGGAUGACCCAGAGGGUUACUACAUCACUAUCUUGGGUGAGUUGAUAGACAAACGUUACAGCGUCACCGAAAAUCUAGGCCGUGGUAUGUUCGCCUCCGUCGUUCGGGCUACCGACUCAAAGACAGGGCACGCCGUGGCCAUCAAAAUCGUCCGGAAUAACGAAUCGAUGCGGAAGGCUGGAGUCAAGGAGCUUGAUAUUCUCAAAGACAUCGCAGCUAAUGACCCUGACGAAAAGAAGCAUGUCAUUCGUAUGUUGCGCUCUUUCGACCACAAAGGCCACCUAUGCAUGGUUUUCGAGAACAUGUCGAUGAACUUGCGCGAAGUUCUCAAGAAAUUUGGACGAGAUAUUGGCAUCAACCUUAAAGCCGUCAGAGCUUAUGCUCAACAGCUUUUCCUCGGCUUGGGACUGCUCAAAAAAUGUCAGUACCUGCACGCUGACCUGAAGCCCGACAACAUUUUGGUCAACGAAGCCAGAAAUGUGAUCAAGAUAGCAGAUCUCGGCUCCGCUUCGCCUAUCACCGAGAACGCUACAGCUCCAUAUCUCGUCUCUCGCUUUUACCGUGCGCCAGAGGUGAUCCUGGGCAUCAGCUAUGACUAUGGCAUUGAUAUGUGGUCUGUUGGGUGCACAUUAUUCGAACUUUACACCGGCAAGAUCCUCUUCACUGGCCGUAACAAUAACAACAUGCUUCGUACGAUCAUGGACUGCCGUGGCAAAUUUCCGCACAAGCUGCUCCGGCGCGGCGCACUAACCUAUGACUACUUCGACGACCUCCUAAACUUCCGCUCUCAGGAGAGUGACAAAGUCACCGGACGCGUGCUCACCAAGUUGAUCGAUAUCAAAGCGAAGCCUGUCAGGGAUCUGCGUUCUAGACUCAUACCAAAGGGGAAGAAGAUGGAUGAUCAGGAGCGGAAAGAACUUGAGCUGUUUUUGGAUCUGCUGGACAAGUGUUUAGAUUUGAGGCCAGAGAAGCGUAUCACACCGGCAGACGCGCUGAAGCACCCGUUCAUAUUGAGGACGAAAUAG